GGACUGAUUUGGGAUGUUGGUGGAGUCGAAUGCUUGAGGAAGACGAUUGAGCUGUCACUCUGCCCACCACGCCUGGUUCGCUGGAGGGGAGUAGGGCUGUGUAGGGACUCUGGUAACAGUGUGACCUUGAAUGUUCUUUUCUUCCGUUUUGAAAACAUAAUACAGUGUAAUUAUUGCUUCAACUGGCACUUAGGACCAGUGGUGCAUGGCACGCUUCGAUCCUCAGUAUCUUUCCGUUCCAAGGUGUCUGCCAACGACAGGGAGGGAGCUGUAUUAGCAUUAGUGUUUUGUCCACAUACAUAGCUGGUGGUGUGGUGUGAAAGCGUCUGAUCUGGCGCUGGUUCUACUGAAGCCAAGAUCCGAGCAGUCUGUGCUUGGCGGUGAGGACGGAGGAGCAGUGGCCGAAGGUUGUCGAACUGAGCUAUGAGCCAGAAGGUGGAGUUCAGGGUGCUGCAGCUAGUGAGCGUGCUGAUAAGCUGGUGUGCCGUGCAGGACGUGGUCCUGGCCUACAAUGUGGACACGACGUAUCCUGUGAUCUACUCGGGCAGGGCGAACAGCGAGUUCGGCUAUUCCAUCGCAUUCCAUAGCCAUGAGCUCAGGCCUAUGCUCAUCAUCGGAGCACCAAACGCCACCUACGAAGAUGCUCGUUUCAGGGCACAGGGAGUGGACCGUACCGGUGUAGUUUUUGCAUGCUCAGCUGUGACUGGGAGCAAUGACGCCUGCCUGGAAUUGGAGGUGGAUAUAACAGUAAACCAGAGGUACGCGAACAACUCGCUGCACUCAGAGAAGUCGAGAAUGCGACUGGGUUCCAGCGUUGGCAGUUUGGGACCCGACAAGGGCGUGGUGGUCUGCGCGGCAAAGUACUCCACGAUUUGGUACAAGCAGAUGGUGCCAGGCGGCGAGAUGCAAGAGUUUUAUGAUCCAGUCGGACGCUGCUCCAUCCUGGCACCGGAUGUUGACCGACUCACUGUGCCCCUGUCUGUGUUUCAGCCCUGCGAUGAUCCAGGUCAUCAAGGUUGGCACAGACUGGGCUAUUGCAUGACAGGAACCAGCAUGGACAUCGAAGAGUAUCCGGACGGCAAUGCUAAGGUGGCCGUCUCUUCGCCAGGAGCAUUCUAUAAACGCGGCAUGGUGUGGGUAGCAACGCACAACCAAAGUGGCAAGGGAGUCACAGAUGUUCGUCAGGUCGGCCUCAGCCAGGAUACGCGACUGGGAGAUGCUCAGAACGGAUACGGCGGAUAUGCUGUUACCCAGGCUGAUUUUGACGGCAAUGGGCAAGUCGAGGUCGUCAUGUCACGGCCCCGUGCACGCACUGACUUCAAAGGCCAGGUCUGGGUAACUGAGAGCGAAGGCCAGACACAGGUCAACAUUGUCUCCAAGAUAUUUGUACUGUUAGAAGGCAAUCAGGUGGGUGAAUACUUUGGUCAUUCGCUGGCAGCAGUGGACACAGACGCUGACGGGAAAGCAGAGUUGAUCAUUGGCUCGCCAAACUACAUCCCUGAGUCUGGCCUAGCCUCCAUGGACUACGACUAUGGCCGUGUGGUCAUCUACGGAGCGUCACUACAGACGGAACUAACAGCUCAGCAUGCUGCCAAAAACUUCUCCACUGCGCGCCUCAAGGUGCCCGACAAGGUCAUCGAGGGCCAACAGCCCGGCGGCCACUUCGGAGCGGCCAUUGCCGAUGCUGGAGAUGUUGACAACGACGGCUUCACUGACAUUGCUGUUGGUGCUCCGUACGAGAUGGAGGAGGGCGUGCCACGCGGUGCUGUCUACAUCUUUUCUGGUUCAUCAACUGGACUAGAGUCCAUAGCAAUGCAGAGGAUUUCACCGCUGGGCCUUAACAUGAAGAACACGAUCUCGUUCGGCUCGGUCAUUGCUAAGAGCUGGGACAUUGACCGCAACUCUUAUCCAGAUUUGCUAGUUUCAGCUGUGGACUCAAAUCAAGUUGUGAUGAUGAGGGCUCGGCCGAUUGUAGACAUCGAUGUGGAGAUGAUCGUACAGGACCAGAUUGAUAUGGUGCGCCCAUCAUGUUUACAUGCCAGCGGUCGUCAUAUCACAUGCUUCAAGGUAUCGGUCUGCGGAAAGUUCAACGGAACUGAGAUCCAUUCGUCUGUAGAGAUCGAGUAUGAACUGGAAGUGGACACAAUGCUGAAGUUUGAUGAACUGGACCAGCAGAAUCUCAUCGGCAUACUCCAACUGAAGCCGGAGAAGACCAGAGACUGCAGGGAGCAUGUAGUCACCGUCAAGAGUGAGACAUUUAACCCAUGUCUUCCGGCUUCGGUUCGCCUUGUGCAAUACACACUGAAGGACCGAGCAAGCAAGGCCCAGGCUCUCAGUCCAGUGCUGAACAGGAAGCGUCUGGGGGCAAGCAAGUCAAUCGAGAAACAGGUGUUGCUUAUUCGUAACUGCCCGCGUUGUAGCCCUGACAUUGGUCUAGUGGAUCCCAAAUUCACAGUAGAAGGUAGCGAUGCAGUAGCCACGCGUGUGGUGCACGGUCGCAACCAGAAAGUCUUCCUGGAGUUCGUCGUGAGCAGCCACGGUACGGCCACGGCAUGUAGCAGCAUGGCCAAGAUCAGUCUACCACCUGGUGUCACCUUUCAGCAGCAGAUCAUUGUGCCUCAGUCACCCACUGUCUGUGUUCCAUCUAACAACGAUGCGACAGAAGCACAGUGCAACCUACCGGCUUUGAUGGCACAAUCCACAAUGGACAAGGUGAAGGUAUCACUGGGUAUUGGGGGAAUCCCCCCAGAGCAGUCCAGCAUUACAGUCAGUAUCAGUGUGAAGAGUUUCAAUGCAGAGAACGGAACGUUGGCAGACAAUAAGGCCACUGCUACGAUCUCCGUUUAUGCCAUGGCAACGCUGAUUGCUUCAGGUGUUAGCAGACCGAGAAGAAUGCGCCUGACUAGUGGAAACCCCGAGCCGAAGAUCUACUCCGCGAUUGGACCAAUGGUCACUCACGUGUACAGUAUUCUGAAUCAGGGCCCAAGUCAAUCCCCGCCCGUCGUAUUCAGCAUCAACUUCCCGAUGAAAACCACUGAAGGCAGCUACCUGAUGUACUUGACUAGGGUGGAGGGCAGCUCAUUGCGUCUUGUAUGCAACCACACUGGACUCAUCAACCCUCUCUAUCUUGGAGAUGACACUCUUGGAAAUCGCGGCAACCUGUCCUCAUCCCUACACCGGGUACGAGACUUCUCAUCAGCUGCGAAGGACACCGUCAUCCGGGUGGAAUCAAAGACGGCUGAGCAAAUCCCAAAGAGCUGUGAUGAUCAGUACUGCUGGGCAUCCAUCAUGUGCAGCAUACCUCAAAGAGAGGCUAACACAUCCUCCAGCAUAGAACUGACCUGGCGUGUGUGGAUGAGCCACGUCCGACAGUCCCCGCAGGCGUCCGCACCCAUCAACAUCACGUCCAACAUUCGAAUACUAAGAGUUGCGGAUCAGGAGACAUUCACGCUUUCUGCUGACUCGACUUUCGUUGCAACGGCGACGACACAACUAGUAGCCGAGCAGAAACAGCAGUUGAGCAAGCUGCCGUGGUGGGUAUGGCUGAUCGGAUUCCUGGCAGGCGGUCUCCUCAUCGCAGUGAUGGUCUUACUCCUCAGAAAGUGCCAUUUCUUUCAGAGAAAGACCCUUGCACAGCGGGUGGAGGAAAGCCAACCUGGCGCCGGGUAAACGCACGUCAGGCUGGUGCAGGGUAAAGGUGCAUCAGACAGCCAAAUGUAAGCAGAAAUAUGGGCCCGAGAAAAAGAAAGGGAGAAAGAGAGUUCUAAUUUUAUGCGAUGUCUAUGCGCUACAUCGGUGUGCGUCUUCUGCACUGUUAACACUCGCACACUCUGCCUUACUAGUGUCAGUAUGCACUCUGC